UCCUGGAGGACUCAUGUUUAGACUUUACCUCCCAACCAUAGAGUUCUUUUGCUAUCUAGCCCCACCCCCACGACUUUCACUUCCGGUCUCAGGCCCUGAAAGCGCGCAUGCGCACUGCCUUCUUUCCUCUCCGAGCUCUGGGCCCGCAACUGGCAACAUGGCUAAACGUACCAAGAAGGUCGGAAUUGUUGGUAAAUAUGGAACACGUUAUGGUGCAUCCCUCAGAAAAAUGGUGAAGAAAAUUGAAAUUAGCCAGCAUGCCAAGUAUACCUGCUCCUUCUGUGGCAAGACCAAAAUGAAGAGACGGGCUGUGGGUAUCUGGCAUUGUGGAUCCUGUAUGAAGACAGUAGCUGGUGGUGCAUGGACCUACAAUACCACCUCUGCAGUCACAGUCAAAUCUGCCAUCAGAAGACUGAAGGAAUUGAAAGACCAGUAAAAUCUUCUUGUCAAAUAUCUGUAGCCCAUAGUCCAACAAUAAAUGUGUUAAUUUAUGGACUAAAAAUCA